AGGCGGAAGGACUCGGCACGCCCGGCGGCCCAGCGCAGAGCAGUUUCCUUCCCACGCGCAGCUGCGCCCCCGCCGAGUCCCCAAGUCCCUCAAGUCCGGGCCGGGAGCCCCCAGCCCCGCGGGCGCCAUGCGGGAGCAGCUGCUGCUGUUCUGCAACUGGAGCACCCUGGGCGUGUGCGCCGCGCUCAAGCUGCCGCAGAUCUCCGCGGUGCUGACGGCGCGCAGCGCGCGGGGCAUCAGCCUCCCGAGUUUACUUCUGGAGCUGGCGGGUUUCCUGGUGUUUCUCCGGUACCAGUGUUACUAUGAGUACCCGCUGCUCACCUACCUGGAGUACCCCAUCCUCAUCGCACAAGAUGUCCUCCUCCUGCUGUGUGUCUUCCAUUUCAAUGGGAACGUGAGAGGGGCAGUGCCCUACCUCGGGGCGUUUGUGGCCUCGUGGUUCGUCCUUCCCCUGCAGAAGUGGACCAUAGAUCUGGCCAUGAAUCUGAGUACCUUCAUCAGCGCGGCCAGCAAGUUUGCGCAGCUGCAGUACCUGUGGAAGACCAGGGACUCGGGAGCCGUGAGCGCCCUCACCUGGAGCCUCGCUUCCUACACCUGCGCCACAAGAAUAAUAACAACUUUAAUGACCACCAGUGACCUUACAAUUCUCCUGCGGUUUGUGAUCAUGCUUGCUUUGAACCUGUGGGUGACAGCCACGGUGCUCCGCUACAGGACGGCGGCCGUGAAGGCUGAAUGAUGGAUGCGUUCCUCCUACCAAAGUGGAUUCCUGACAACUGACCCAAGGGGAGAAUCAGCACACGGCUGCAUCAAGGUCUUCUGUAAGUUUAGGGAGUUGUUUCAGAAACUCUGAAGCCAGAGGUGUUUAGACACUGGUUUAGAAAUGUUGAUUCCCUCCUCCUCCUCGGCAUCAGGAGGGGAGGGAGGCAGGGCUCCGACACCUGCAGGCUGAACAGUGCACGAUUCAGUUCUCUCCAAGGCACACAUGAUUAUGAAUGGAUUUUUUCUCAAAGUCAUACGUGGAAGUGUUGGACAUUACUAAGGUUCACUUUCUGGGACUGUUUAAUUUCAUAAAGAUGUAACAGGCUGGCCUUACUGUAUCAGAAUACAUAUGUACCUCCUUAGGCUAUGGUAAGGGUAUCGAGGGAAGCAAAAAUUGGCUUGAGUUCCUAUACCAAAGUUAGUCCUUUAAUUUUCAUUUGGUGCCUUUAAGUAAUUCCUUAAGGAAAGGUACUGUUAGCUGCAAUCUUUGCUUAGGAUGAGGCAGUCCCAGUGAACUUUCUGAUUCAAGCGUAACGCUGCCUUUUAGAAGGGUCUUUUAGAAGGGUCAUGCCUUUAGAAAAAACACCACAUCUUGUCCACUAAUACCUACAGUAAAAGGGUAUUGCUGGGUUCUGGCAAGUAUUUAUGGACUUCAUUCUGUCAUAUUCUAAACAUGAUGUCAAGAUUACUGGACAUUGCAUUUUACUGUAAAAGUUUAUAAACCUUAAGAUUUAAAAACUCUUUCCUUUUAUAAUGAAUGGCAUAGUAAGUCAGUGAUGCUUAUUAGAAAAUGUUUUAGUUUCCUAUGUAAAACAAACUUUUAUUUUCUGAACUUCGCUGAGGCUUAAAACUGUCAGGUUUUUAAUGUGAUUAGUUUUAAGUUACUUAAAAUGCUGUUUUAAAAAUAUAAACUGUGGUUAAUUAAAACAUUAUUGCUUGGAACCAGCAAGAAGAGAAACGUGGUAUACAAAGAUAAAUAAUAAAUCAUUCUGUAUGUUUUACAA